GAAGGUUCCUGAUCGAUCGAUCUUCCUUGGAAGCUAGCUAAGGUAGCUGAUGCGAGGCGCGCCCACCCGGCGGCGCCAGCCGCGACGCUGGACCUUUGGACCGGGUGGAUAAAUGGAUAUGCCGGGGACGCAGCGAAUAUUCCUUCUCCAGCCGAAUCCUCUUCCGUCUUCCCCUUCCGAGCUCCCCGCGCCGCCUGCUGCUCCGCCGCCUGUCUCCGUCCUAACCUUAGUCGCCGUUGAUUUCUUUCUCGUUUUCCCCGCGCAUUUUUUUUUUCUUACACUCGAUACACCUGAUUUCGGAAUCCCAUAUACAGAGACAGAGAGAGGUCCUGUGUAUAAAUAGCAGCGCCCUCGCCCUCCACAAAUUAGCAACAACGCCCGCGCAUUACAGCUCGAUACUCCCUACACAAUUUGGGCAUUUUUGGCCGGUAUAUCUAGCUAGCGCUAAUCCUUGUCUUCACCGGCUCGUCUGCUCUGACCAGGUCACCAGGGUCAACCGCGCACCGCCGCCGGUAGCCGGCGACGUACGUCCGGACGAUGGCUCAGCCCAAGGCCGCGCGCGCCGCCGACGUCGUCGCGCCCGCGAUGCCGGAGCCGGACAUCGCCGCGGAGCUCGACGCCCUAGCAGCCCGUUCUUCGUCGUCGCCUACCCGCGGCACCGCGGGCGCCGCCGAGGGGAGGCCGCCGCUGGUGGUGGUCGGGCACCGCGGCAAGGGGAUGAACGCGCUGGCGUCGCCGGACCCGCGGACGCGGGGCGACGUCAGGGAGAACACGCUCCGCUCCUUCAACGACGCCGCCGCCGCCGGCCACCCCGCCGUCGCAUACGUCGAGUUCGACGUCCAGGUGACCAAGGACGGUUGCCCUGUCAUCUUCCACGACAACUUCAUCUACACCGAAGAAAACGGCGAGAUCUCAGGGAAGCGCGUCACCGACCUCGACCUGCACGAGUUCCUCUCCUACGGGCCCCAGAGGAACCAGGACAAGGCUGGGAAGCCGCUGCUCCGGAAGCUCAAGGACGGGAGGAUCCUCAGGUGGGAGGUGCGGUCGGAGGACGCGCUGUGCACGCUGCGCGAGGCGUUCGAGGGCGUCGACCGCCGCGUCGGCUUCAACGUCGAGCUCAAGUUCGACGACGACCUCGUCUACACGGAGGCGGCGCUCACCGCCGUCCUGCAAGCCGUCCUCAAGGUUGUCUUUGAGCACGCCGACGGCCGGCCAAUCAUCUUCUCCAGCUUCCAGCCCGACGCCGCGCAGCUCAUCCGGAAGCUGCAGGACAAGUACCCUGUGUACUUCCUGACGAACGGCGGGACGCAGAUCUACGCCGACCCGAGGCGGAACUCGCUGGAGGAGGCCGUCAGUCUGUGCGUCGCCUCCGGCCUGCAGGGGAUAGUGUCGGAGGUCCGGGCGAUCCUCCGGCGGCCGUCGGCGGUGGCCGAGAUCAAGGAGGCCAAGCUCUCGCUCAUGACCUACGGCCAGCUCAACAACGUGCCGGAGGUGGUGUACGUGCAGCACCUGAUGGGGGUGGACGGCGUGAUCGUCGACCUGGUGCGGGAGAUAGCUGAGGCCGUGUCGGCGUUCCCGGCCGCCGCGCGGGAGCCGGGCUCCUCCGAAGGCGGCGGCAGGUGCGAGAGGAUGGAGGCGGCGGCCACGGCGGCGGGGACGCCGAGCUUCUCCCCGCGGGAGAUGUCGUUCCUGCUCAGGCUCAUCCCCGAGCUAGUGCAGUAGGGCGUCUCUCUGGCCGGGUGAAUUUUCUGACUCGCUGUAGACUAAUUACUCGUUGACUGCUUGGAACUGAAGUCAGCCCCAAAUUAAAGGGGCAGAUGUUCAGGCAUGUCUGUGAAUUCUGAAUUGACAGACGCUUGGGCUGUUUGUAUUUGUAAUCCCUCGAUCUUUACAUGAUUUAGAAGACUGGGCACUA